CCGCCUCUCCUCCAGCAGCGUGGUGGCCUUCAUUGACCUCAAGAGUGCAUUUGACGUGGCCAACAGAGACAUCAUCCUCGAUCAACUGGUGGAUUUCGGAAUCACGUGGCACCUUCUGUAGUGGAUACAGGAAUAUCUCAGCAACAGAUCCUCCUGGGUUUUCUUUCAUGGUGCCUACAGCUCCUCUCGAGGUUUCAAUCUAGUGACUUCACUAGGUGGGGCUCUCAGUCCAUUCCUUUUUUAAUGUUUGUAUGCACCGUUUACUCUGUUUUGCCUGAUACACCUGGUAUAACGAUCAUCUCUUGUGCUGAUCUAUGUAUUCAUUCUUCCUCUCCAGGCUUAUUUUGAUUCCUUUAAUACCUCUGCUGCUGCUUGUGAACUAAUUGCCUCUCCUGAAAAAGCAGAGUGUUUACUACUAUCAGCCCUGUGUUGCCUCCCCAGUUCUCCAUUGGUGCCUGUAUCGUCCCUCUCUGUCGGCAGUACCUUUACCUUGAGGCUCCAGUUCACAUUCCUCGCGCUCUUCCGGCCCAGCGUACCAUCCCCUUGGUCCAGGAUCUCCUGACUCGUCUGCAGAAGUGCCUCACACCUCUACAGUGGCUGAGGAACAAUGCUGGCGCCUCACUACUCGCAGGUUGUAAGACGUGCUUUGCCUUGGCCCUCUUGCAUCCCUCUUCUACAGGGUAGUAGUCGCCUCUUUAUCAGGACUGUCAGCUCGGCUCUUUGUGACAUGGACAUCGUCAUCCCCAAGGAGGAGAAGGUUCCUGGUCCUCCACCUUGGAUGCUGCCCGUCCCUGAGGUGCACUACAUUCUAACUUCAACUGCAGCUCACCCUACACCGCAACAGCAACAAGCACUGGAGACUGUAGCUACGGUGCUGUCCUUCCUUCCGUACAGACUAAUGGACGGGCAGGUUGUGCGGUCCACUCCCUUGAUACUGAUGCUCCACAUGGAGACUGGGCGGGCCAACAUCUUCCAAACUCUUAUACCUCCACGUUUUGUGAGCUUUGUGGUAUCCUGGAUGCAGUCAGCCUUCUGUGCCAGCGUGGUCUCAGUGCAGUGAUCAUCUGUGACUCUCAGUCUGCUCUCAAUGCCCUUUCAAGUGUCAACCCACAAUGCACUGCUAUAGUCAGACGGGUUCUAUCAUUCUUGGCCUUGGGUCAUGACAGAAACAAUGAUCUCAAGUUUGUGUGGAUUCCAUCCCACAUCAAUAUUAUCGGCAGUGGCAGAGUUGAUGCCCUUGCUAAGGCAGCCUGCAACUUGCCUCUUCCUGCGGCUGGCUUGGUGCCCUCGCUCUCAGAUGCCCUAACUUGCAUUUGAGCUGCUGCUUUCCACUCCAUCGAUCAAGCCCGUGAUCUCCAGAGGGAAGAGAGUGUCACCAUCCGGCACUAUGACUCCUUUCGCUACCAUUGCUACAAGUAUCGCCGCAAAUGAGUUAUUGUGAGGAGGCACAAUGUGGUCUCCACCAGGCUCCGUCUUGGCCACAGGGAAAGUUGCAGGACUCCCAGACGUGCCGCAUUUCUCUUCCUGCUCCCUGUGCGAUGACAAUAACACGCUGGAACACCCCUGUCUCCACUGCCCUGAGCUGGAAGGUCUGCUGCCCCGUGGAGUCCCACUUAUUGAUGUGUGCCGCCAUCUUUUGAUGGCUGACAACCUGGACGUCAUCCUUGCAGGUUUCCCUGGAUUCGGUGGUUGUUGACUUCCCUUUCCCCGUUCUUUAAUUUCGUAUAAGACCACCAGAGGCCUAACAGCAUCUUUAUACAGCACCACAACGCGUUCCGCCACCACCGUCACAAGCACCGUCGGCUGGUCAGGAGACAAGUGGUGGCUGCCAGGCUACGUUUGGGCUGCAAACAAGCAUGGGAAGUCUCCGGGCGGCAAACGUGCCUCAUUUCUCUUGCCUACUGUGUCACUCCCCCAACAACACACUGAACCAUUACUACCUGCACUGCCCGGACUGACGCUGGCACAUGUGUCUCAGCAUCUGAACCAUGGCACCUAGAUGAAGCCCUCGUCCGGUUCCCUCGUCUUGGUGGCUGUUAAUGGAUUGCCCUACGCGACUCAUUUUUUCUCUAUUUAUAUUCUUUUAUUCUUCCUAGUACUGCUGA